UAGAGAAGUCGCUCACAUAAAAUAAAAUAAAAUCCCACUGCUAAAACUCUCGCGUAACCAUGUCCUUUGUGGAUCAUUCAAAUGUGACCCGCUGUUCUCUGCACUUGCCGCUGUACAAUGCCAGUCAGGCCUGUGAGCUGGUGAGGACCACGUUCACCUGUGGAUUGUUUGUGCACUUUGUGAACCACCUGCAGAUUGCCUUUUGCAGCUUUCAUUUGCCUUUUGUAUCUGUCUAUGCCCUGAUCAGUUUCCUGCUUUUGUUGGCCAUUUUUGGCAUGAGCUAUACCCUAGCCGAAUAUUUCUUCAUGCCGAACUUUGUUACCCUCAUGGAUAUUUUUCCCUUGACAAAGUUUGCUUUCAGCUACCUGUUCUUUGGCAUCUCCUUCUUUGUGCCUUAUUAUCUGAGUAUUUGGAGGAGUUGUGUGGACAAGGUGGAACAUCUGAGUGCAGUGCAAUUUUCCCGAAUGACGGGAGAUUUAAUGAGACAUUUUGUCACUGGUGUCAUGGUCUUGUGCAUUCGCGGAUAUCGAGUGGAUGGGGUUAACAUUUGGUCCAGUUUGGUUUUUAUUUUACUCGGAUUUGGUUACUUGAUAGCUGUGACCAGCAAGCAGUACGAUGUCCAUGAAAACACUCAUCAGGAUAUUUAUCUGCUCAAAUUUCGCGUGAUUAUUUUCUUGUUUGUGUUUUCCAUGGUUUCUGUUGUGGUUUUUGUGGUCUCGCACACCAACUUUUGGCGCCUGAAUCCCCCCAAAGACUAUGCACCGGAGGAUUACUCUAAUUUGGAAAGUGACGCUGAAGUCUUGGGCAGAUAUUCGAAGCGUAGGCAGCUAAAAAGAUGCAAAAUUUGGUGGCGAACGGUGAAUGGAUUUCGGAACACAAAAGGUGCCCAAAGCUGUUUAGGUAUACUGCUGAUACCCUUUUACUUUCUGGCUGCUCAUUUGAUUCCUGUUCUAGCAGUUGAUCGCCCAUUGUGUGGCUGGAACAAGUAUGUAAACUGCUUCAGUCUUGUGAUCUUUCCCUUCCUGUGCAUGCCAUUGGGCAUUGGGCCUGAGGCCUGGCUCCUGUUGGUCGUCAUCUGUUGGCUGAGCUCUGUGCUGGUCUUUAUGUCAACACACUCCCUGAGGCAGCCAGAUUAUGUGUGGCCGUAUGCGCUCCUCGGACUGAGCCUCAGCUCGCUGGCCUUGCGAUACUUGAUCCAAGAGGUUGAGAAUCUCACCUGGCAGUUUGUCAGCUUCAGGUUUGAUGUGAUGCCUGAUCUGGUUGCCCUGAUGUGCUUCGGCCUGGGUGACAUCUUCUGCGAGGUAAUCAUUCUGUGGCAUCUGAUCCAACGCAAGUUCUUCGAUGCUGCCUUCGGUGUGGUCAUGAGCAUGGUCACAUAUGGCAUACUCCUGGCCCUCCCACUGCUGCUCUGGCAUGGCUGCUAUAAUAGUAAUACCCAUAUCAUUGUCACAGGUCCAACAGAGACUUGCAUUCAGUUUCUCUUUCUCAUGUUUGGCUCUAGUUUAUUUCAUGUGUCCAUGAGCGGCUACGAGUUUCGGAUGUCGCUUUUCCUCUAUUUGCUGGCUGUGACUGUUGUUUACAUGACAUUUCAGUGGAUGACUUACCAUUUUUGGGUGCAUUCAUUUGCCACGCUGCAUAAUGUCUAA